UUUGUCUUACCUUCCAAACACGUCAACCUAUAAACCAGAUCCAUAAAACACCUCUAUCCUAACAAUAAGGCACCCACUACUUUUAUUAAUUUUCAUCUUCUUUUUCUCUUUAUAUUCCAAAUUUUAACUCCGCUCAUUACAUAAAACCACCUAAGCAAUUUCAUUAUUUCCACAAAAAUGUCCAAAACUUUAGUAGACGAGUGUCGUGGCGUACUUCAUGUUUAUAGCGACGGUUCCAUCGUUCGCAGUGCAAACCCAGCUUUUAACGUCCCAGUUCACGACGACGGCACCGUUUUAUGGAAAGAUGUCGUUUUUGACUCAGCUAACAAUCUUAAGCUCCGGCUCUAUAAGCCAGCUAAUUCAACAAAAGGCUCUAACCUUCCAGUUUUUUACUACAUCCAUGGUGGUGGCUUCUGCAUCGGCUCACGCACAUGGCCAAACUGUCAAAACUAUUGCUUCAAGCUCGCUUCUCAGCUUCAAGCCGUUGUGGUUUCCCCUGAUUAUAGACUUGCCCCGGAGAAUCGGCUCCCGUGUGCGUUUGAAGAUGGCUUCACGGCUGUUAAGUGGCUCCAACAACAAGCCGUGAGUAGUAAACGGGACUCUUGGUUGAACGACGUGGCUGAUUUUAGCCGGGUUUUUAUCUCUGGUGACUCGGCCGGUGGUACGAUGGCUCACAAUUUGGCGGUUCGGCUUGGAUUUGGUUCGACCGAGUUGGAACCGGUUCGGGUUAGGGGUUAUGUUCUGCUGGCACCUUUUUUUGGUGGAACGGUUCGAACGAAGUCGGAAGCUGAAGGACCUAAAGAUGCUUUUCUGAACUUAGAACUUAUUGACAGGUUUUGGAGGCUUUCAGUACCGAUUGGAGAGAACACGGAUCAUCCACUUGUGAAUCCAUUUGGACCAGUUAGUAAGAGGUUUGAGGAGAUUGAUCUUGACCCAAUUCUGAUAGUUGUUGGAGAUAACGAUUUGCUUAAAGAUAGAGCAGAGGAGUAUGCAAAUAGGCUUAAGGAUUUGGGUAAAAAUAUAGAGUAUGUUGAAUUUGAAGGACAACAACAUGGGUUUUUUACUUUUGAUCCGAAUUCUGAACCGUCUAAAGAGUUGAUGUUGGUCAUCAAAGGAUUCAUAGACAAGUAUUAGGGGAAUGUUUGAGAGCUUCAAACAUCACUACAACAUGCAAAUUUUCUUUACUGUAUUACUUUUCAAGAUAUCUUAAAUCCAGUAUCAAAAUCUGUGUUAAUUGUAGUAAUUUGCAACAUAACACACGAAGUAUAUUAUUGAUAACUCCACCUGUGCGGGGCCCGUAAGAGUUGCAAAUAGUUGAUUUGUAAUGAGUUUUAUGAAAAGUGUGUUCUCCUA